AUGUUUACAAUAGUUCAUUCAAUCUUUUUAACAAGUAUAUUACAUUACUUUAUAAUAGCAGCUGAUGAAAGUCGACCAAACGACAAUCAUAAUAAGGAUGUAUAUAAUAGUAAUAAUAAUAAUAAUAAAUGUAUUAUUAUAGAAGAAAUCCUGAUUAGUACAUUUGUAUGUGAUUUAAUGUUUCUUUAUGAUCAUUAUACACCGAAAAAUACAUCAAAGACUUCACUGAUAUUAAAUAUCUUAAAUGAAAAUCAACAUUUUCAAAUUAUUGAUAAUCAUCAAUUAGUAACAAGAGGACGUAUUGAUCGUGAACAUUAUGUAUUUGAAAAAUUAUGCCAAAAUAUUCAAAAGAAUAAUAAUAUGAUAAUGAAUUUUGACGAGGAUUAUUCCUUAUUAAAUGAAGGAAUUCAUGAAGCUACUGAUGAUCAGUCUAAUUUUCUUUGA